AAUGACUAAAAAAGACUAUUUGCCAAUGCUUUUGCGUGGCUGACAUUUGUGUGACUGCUCCAAGGCAAAGGAGCGACCAGAAAUAGAAAAGUUUGUUGCUGAAGGAGAAGAAGUGUGAUGGAGUCGAGGAAAUGGAGUAUACUGACUCUUCUACCCCUGCUAGCCUCUUUUCUACUCUUCUAUUUCGACAUCUCUUCAAAGCCCUCAAGGAGCAAGUGUAGCCUUCAAUCUCACAGCCAUUUCUGGAUUGCUAGCAAGCGUAUAGUGACACCAAAAGGAAUCAUUUGCGGUGCAGUUGAGGUGAAGGGAGGAAGCAUUAUAUCUGUGGUUGAUGAAGUUACUUGGAGAGGGACGGUUAAGAGUGGAGAGGUAUUGGAUUAUGGGGAUGCCGUUGUUAUGCCUGGUUUGAUUGAUGUACAUGCACAUCUUGAUGAUCCCGGGAGAACUGAAUGGGAAGGAUUUCCUUCUGGGACCCGAGCAGCCGCUGCUGGUGGUGUAACAACAUUGAUCGACAUGCCCCUUAAUAGUUUCCCGUCUACAGUUUCAGAAGAAACUUUGAAGCUUAAGAUUGAGGCAGCCAGAGGGAGAAUCUAUGUUGAUGUCGGUUUCUGGGGAGGUUUAGUUCCGGAAAAUGCAUUCAAUGCAAGUGCUUUGCAGAUUCUGCUGAAAGCGGGAGCCCUUGGCUUGAAGUCCUUCAUGUGCCCUUCAGGCAUCAAUGACUUUCCUAUGACAAAUUCAUCCCAUAUUAAGGAAGGACUGGCUGUGCUGGCAAAGUACAAAAGACCCUUACUUGUACAUGCAGAAUUGCAAGAAGAGCUUGAGAAUGAAUUUGACUUCAAAGAUGAUGGUACAGAUGAUGCUAGAUCUUACUCUACAUAUCUUAAGACAAGGCCUGCAUCAUGGGAAGAAGCAGCGAUCAGAGAGCUCUUAACAGUAACAAAAGACACUCGGCCAGGUGGCUCUGCCGAGGGUGCUCAUCUUCAUAUUGUUCAUCUAUCUGAUGCAAGGUCUUCUUUAGAGAUGAUUAAGGAAGCAAAAAAGAAUGGAGAUAGUGUGACUGUUGAAACAUGCCCACAUUAUCUAGCUUUUGCAGCCGAAGAGAUCCCUGAUGGCGACACACGUUUCAAGUGCGCUCCACCUAUCCGCGAUUCAGCCAACAGAGAUCUAUUAUGGGCUUCUCUAUUGGAUGGAAGCAUAGACAUGUUAAGCUCAGACCAUUCUCCUUCAGAGCCAGAUCUUAAGCUCUUCAGUGAGGGAAAUUUCUUGAAAGCAUGGGGUGGCAUAUCCUCUUUGCAGUGAAUGUGCAGUUUGUUCUCCCCGUAACAUGGACAUAUGGGAAGAAAUAUGGAAUUACAUUAGAACAGAUGGUUUCAUGGUGGAGUGAGAAGCCCGCUAAGCUUGCAGACCUUAAUUUAAAGGGCUUAUUUGUGAGUGGGAAUGAUGCUGAUAUUGUAAUCUGGCAACCAGAAGCCGAGUUUGAACUGGACGAUAGUCAUCCUAUCCACCUCAAGCAUCCUAGUAUAUCUGCAUAUUUGGGAUCAAGACUCUCAGGGAAGGUUUUGGCUACAUUCGUGAGAGGAAACCUUGUUUUUGAAGAGGGAAAACAUGCCCGAGAUGCUUGUGGUGUCCCCAUUCUAGCAAAAUAAACAGAAUUCACCAGACUCAAUUGAUGAAUCUUAUGGUAAAAAAAAUUCAUGGUUCUUAUAAAUUGAAUACUACACCGGCAGUACGAGAGAGCUAUACUUUUGUCUUCACAAGAUGUCUGGUCUAUGUUUAGUCAUCUCCAAAAGGAUGGUAUUAUUUUUGGGGGAGUGGGGAAGCAGUGUUCAUAAAUCUGUUGGUGGUUUGCACCUUUUAACUGGUUCUCUCCCCCGGUUUCAUUCAUGCUGUCAAAUUUAAUCCUAUUAAUAACAUUAAUAACCACAAUAACAUCAAUGGUAAAUGUUUGUUGGAGAAAGAUUUAAAUAUCUUUAUAUUCUUUUUGAUGAUUCUGAUUUCC